CAGCUGGCAAGGAAACAUGAAGACUCUGGUAACAGUUUUGCUUUUUGUCCACUGGAGCUUCCAGUUAGGUGAGUAGGAUGACUGAUAAAAUGUUUCUUUGCUAUAAUUAUUUAUCCCAGUGAGUGAAUGGGGAGCUGGGUCUGUGAUUUGAUUCUAAAUACUGAUCUAGCCAGCAGAGCUGUUGGUUUGGGGCUGGGGUCCAAGAUUUAGAAAGGCAGCAGGAAACUAGUGAGAUGUGGAUUAGGGACAACCUAUUGGGGUGGAAAUCUUUCUGCCUGUGUGGGGGAGGGGGGACUUUGGAUACUAACACUUUUGGGAGAGGAUUGUUAGGGCUAAUUGGGUGAAAUUAUCCAGCUUUGCAUUAAGGUUCUCCCAGGGGGUGUUAUGGAUGCAAAAUACUGGCUGAGGAGCUGGAAUUUUGGGAAUGAGGUUACAGAAGAUGGAAUUUUGCUUUGAGUAAAACACCACUAUCUGUGGAAGUUAGCAAUACCAUGUAGCUCAGUGAAUGGAAAGCUGGAUCUGUGGAUAAUUUGUAAUCACAAUUCAUUUACCAUUCAGAGUUAGUGUGUAUUCAUAUAAAGCUUAGCGUUGGGGACAGAUAUUAUGCUUCUGUCCCUGACUCUAAACUCUCUGAAUUCACACUUUGUGGUUUGUGUGGGGUGUGUUUUUUAUUUUUUAUUUUUUUAUUUUUUUUAUUUAUUUAUUUUUUUUACACAAAUCGGAAGCGUUGUAAUUACACCCCUCUGGCUGUUACUCUCCGGUUGGUUAGUGUUUCCUUAGUGGCGCUAUAAGGGACAUUCUAGUCACCAGAACCCCUACAGCCUAAUGCAGUGUUUACAUUGCUGGCUGGUUACGCCUCCAGUGGCAGUCACUCCGCCUCUAGAGCUGCUUUCACAUUCACUUACAGUGUGCAGCACCUAUGUUCAGCGUCUCUUCGCUUUGCAUGGAAACUCUGAAUGUUUCCCAUAGUGAUGCAUCUGAGGGGAUGCUGAUUAGUGCAGCACAUUGCUGCGCAUGCACAAUAGCCUCCCAAUGCUUUCCUAUGGGACAACACUAAAUUGGCUGAUGUUGAGAUUCAAGAUCUCUUCUAUAGAGGCAGGGUCAGCUUUGGUGAGACCAGUGCACUGCUGUAAAACAGGUGAGGGUUUUAUUUUUUAUUUUAUUUAUUUUUUGUUGUUGCCUAAACAUGGCUGCAUUCCUGACGCUAAUGUGUUACACUUUCGGCAGCAAUUGCUCAGAGCACCUGCCUUGCUAAGACUUCUCAUUGAGCUGCAUUGGAAAAUCUGAUUGAACAGCCUCCGUAAUUGGAUGGGAAAGGGGAGGGCUUGUAAUGAGUGGAAAAGAGAUCUGCAGGGUUUUUAAAUCUACUCUCAGGGGAAAAAUGCAUAAUUAAACCUUUUUUGUCUGGGGUGUAACUGUUUUGUUGCUUCCCCUCAAUGUCCCUCCACUAUCUGGGUGUGGGAGACAAUCGAUGGCACUCUUUAGUAACUGAAACCCUUCUCCACUUCACAAUUCAGUUUGGGGGAGACACUCGUGCCAAGGUAAUGCCUAGACUUUUUAGGGGUAAACAAAUAACUGGAAGUUAGUAGUGGGUUGUGGUUUAUUUAUUUUUUUACACUACAUCAGAAUGAAUGACAAAAUAGCCUCCUGUAUGUUGGAGCGGUGCUGUAAGGAAUCAAUUUAUCUUAUCGUUUAGUGUAAAUGUCUCUGUAAUAACCUGUCUGACUCCAUGAUUCAGUAAUGUUUAGCCUGUAUCUUAUUCCAGGUCACUCACUGGACUGCUAUAGCUGUACAACUGGAUUCUGUCUAAUACCAUCGACUGUGUCAUGUGGACUUCUAGAGAGAUGUAUUUCCUAUACCUACACAGCUGGUACAGAAUACGGUCUCCUGUUUUUACUAGUUAUGUAUAUAUUUGUAUAAUCUUGUAAUGGUGGAAAGGGAGGCAACUUUCAUGUUACGGGUGCCUCAAAUAAAUCAAUCCUGGAGGGUUCCAUUUAAUAUAUUGUAAAAUGCAGGAGAUUAAAGGGACACUAUAGUCCCCAGAACAAUUACAGCUUAAAGUGAGUCAGUCCCUGUUGGCUUUUGUUGCACACUCUGUAUUUUCAGAAUAAAGGCAAGGGUUACAUUACAGCCAAGGGACGCCUCCAGUGGCCACUUCUUAGAUGGCUGUUAGAAGUUCUUACUGGCUCAGUGCUGCAUCUCAGAGAUUGGUAUGGUGCAGCAUUUGGCUCAGCCCAACCUCCUUUUGAGAUCAUCAGAAUGGAUGAUCUCAGUCAAUCCAAUGCUUUCCUAUGGUGAAGGCAUAGGAUUGGCUGAAAGCCUAAAUUCUGAUGUCCACCAACAUGGUGGCGCCAGUGCCAGCAGACCCAUGUGAUGCUGGACUAAUGGUGAGUUUUACAGCAUUGGAAUGGGGCCAGCCAGUUAACAUGUUUAACGCUAUGGGGUCAGGAAUACACUUUUUUUUUUUAAAUUUUUUUUUUUUAUUUCAGCUGGAUUGUCCAUGAAGAAGAAAGGUUGUGUAAAUCCAACUGAGUGUGAUGUGGAUGACUCUGAGACAAAUGUCAGCGCAAUCAUGAAAACUAGACAUUUUUGCUGUGACUCUGACCUCUGUAACUCUGCCAUUACCCCCUGGCUAUCUGCUGUCACUGGAAUAGCUGUUCUGGUUGCCCUGUGGUUGUUCAAACUGUCCUGAGUCUGAGAAGAGAUCCAGUAUGUAUAUAGAGGAAAGCAAAACUACAACUGCUGUCUAUCAGAGCCCCGUACCUCAAAGCUCUGCCUUCUGCAAAACGACAACCAUUCAUCUGUCUCUGCACUGGCUGUGGCUUGGACAUGUUUCUCAGAAUCCUUUGCAUUGGACUGUGGUCAAUCUGUCAUAAAUUCAAUCCAGAACCAGUUUACCAUGCUGUGUCCUCUCCUAGCUUCACUUAACUUUGCUUUUCAGACUCUCUCCCAUGUAUGGUAUCCCUUAAUCACGACAGAUCUCUGUACAAAUACCAGUCACUGCUUAGACCCAUGUUUCCGGUCUGUAAAGAACACUUUCUCCCUGGCUCUUCUCACAUCUUUGUAGGAAAUAAACAACCUGACUUUUCCAG